AUGGCAGCAGCAGCAGAAUUGCGUUUUUUCAAGAUCAUGAUGCCUGGUUUCGAUCAACAGCUGAAUCUGCCAUCGUCAUUCUGCAACAAGAUGAAAUUAGAGUAUAAGAUGGAGGAGCUGGAGCAUGCAAUCAUCAAUGGCCCUUUGGGGCAGUCGCAGAUCGAAAUCGAAGUUUCCAGAAGCCAACAAGCUGGUAGUGGUGGUGGUCUCAUCAUCUGGUUAAAAAAUGGAUGGCAGGAUUUCUUCCGCCGCCAUGGCCUCAAGUUUGGAUACUUGCUGCUCUUCCAUCACACUGGAAAUCUGCAUUUCAAUGUCGCCAUCUUCGACACCACCACCUGUGAGAAAACCCAAUUUCCAACAGCACAAAACCCUAACCCUAACCCUAACCCUAAUAGUCUCCUCCCCAAAAAAAUCAUUCUCGAUCACAUGGAGUCAGAGAAGGAAUCUCGCGCAGGCUGUCCUUUUCCCUGCAAAAUCCACCCCUCAUUUUUCCGUCUGACCAUGUACCCUUCCCAUGCCCUCAGAAAACUUACUGUGCACAUUCCUCAGACGUUUUGGAGGUGCGACAGAAUGAGAGGUAAGGAAUGUCUGAUGGUGAGAGAUUGUGGAGGGAGAGAAUGGCGGAUGGUGGUGAGGAGUGAGAAAACGAGAGGGAAAAUUGGUAAAGGUUGGAAUGAGUUUUAUGAAGGUAACGACCUCAAGGAAGGAGACGUCUGCGUCUUCCGAGUAACAGAUUUGAAGAAGAAGAAGACGACGACGGCGAGGAAUAGGAAAUGGAAUUGUUCAUCUACUUUAAGCAUGGAUGUGGAGAUCCUUCGAGAAGGUUCUUAA